AACAAUAAAACCACAACACCGAUGACUACUCAAAGAAGCCUGGACGCGCUCGACGCGGGACAGCUCGCUGCCAGUGCAGUCGGGCAUUUUCUGGAGUUCGGAAAUUUUGCCCCCGAGCGCCUCUCCAGCGUCGCAGCGAUGCUGUUCGCCCCCUGGGUCCAGGUCGAUCAUGUCUUUGUUGGUACUGUUUUGCCCCUCGUAUUCGGCCGGAGUGCGGUGGACGUGUUUGCGAGGGGCGUUGCGGAGGCGGGGAAGGCGGUUCUGGCGAAAGAGAUGAAUUCGGGAGGCUUAUUCACGGACAAGAAGACUCUAGGAAGGCUUGAUCAGGAAGAAGGACAAGGAGGAGUCAAGAAAGCAGAAGGGGAUGACAUGGCUGCAUAUGCAAAGAUAGCGGCUGCCUCACCGCAGGUGGAACACCCAGCUACUGCCACCGCCCCGACCGCCCCCACCAGUGCCGAUCUGGUGCAGGUGAUUUUGGAAAACAUAAGGAGCAAAACCCACAGCCACACCAAACUCAUCCCCAAGACGCGCCGCGAGGCACUCGAGCGCCUUUGCGAGGAGAAACAGAAGCAGGAUGUCGUGUGGCAAAACUUUACUGGGAAGAACAGCAGUAGACCAGAUGGUGGUCCUUCUACGUCUUAUCGACAAGCGCACAUUGAAGCGGCGGAAAACCUCCUCGCCAACCUCUCCGCCCUCGGCUUUCUCCUUGGGGAUCGUGCAUACCGGGAUAAGCAAACGUUACCCGAACGCGAGUACAGCCAGAGCUGGAAGUUAGUCCGAGGCCACUGGGUUUUACUUCUGCAAACCGUCGACCCCGACAGGGAAAACGCUCUGCUGCGGUUUUUCUUGCUGUUGUUGUUCGUCGCGAGUUACUGGUGGGCUUUCGACCGAUUGGAUUUCGACCCCUCGAAGUUGCAGCAAAACGAGAGCCAAAUUCUCCGCAACAUGUUCGUCACGCUCUACGGUAUGACGAUGACAAAGACCGACGAAUGGACAAGCAAAAUCAAGUCUACCGGACGGGAAAAGGUUUCCACAACAUUUCCGGAGUCGAACGAAAAGAUGAAAGCGGACCAGGGGAACCGCUUCAUUUUGCACUUUGAUGCAGAGAAAAGGAACGACUUUUACGCCGUGUUUCAGCUCCUGCGCACGGAGGUGGCGAGGACUGCGGAGCAACUGGAUUACACGCUCGUGCACAACUGCUUUGUAAAGCGGGAAAAGGAUCUGGCUACAACUGUUGCAGCAUUAGAGAAAGAGGUGCAAGACAGAAGUGUCAAGGCCGUAGAGGUGUUGCAGGCGUGCGCUGCGAAGAACCACGAGGCAGCUCGUGCAGGAGCAGCAAUGUUCAUCACAGCAGAGACCGGGAACAAAGAGACAGGCAAACGGAAUCAUGAGUGCCAUACAUCAACUUCGAGCGGCCCCCUGCUUCCGGCGGGCGUCCGUGAUCCAGCGCAGACGUCGAAGCAGCCCUUCACCGCGGCUGCAGCCGCUUCGUCAAUAAGACUUCCUGCUUCGCUUUUGCAAGAACCUUCGUUGCCCACUACAAUAGCACGACAACUACAUCCACUUCUACAAGAAGAAAUAGAUUCUGCGCGACGGCCAUUUUCGCCCUCAGCCCCGCUAGCGUUGAACACCAGAUACCUUUAUCAAAUGCAAAAGUGUCUGGGUCUGGAAGAAUACAAACUUGCGAUGCGCAUUUCAGAACACAGAAAAAUCUCUCAUGCAUCAUGGGUAGCAAAAGCUGCCUUCUUUCUGUCACCAAAGUGGGGGAUUUGUCAUGCGGAUUCGGCAUCGCGGAUGCGGAAGCUUCUCGAAACCUGUAAUGCUAGAGCUUCCAUGCCAGACCUUCUGUGUCAUGCAAAAACAGCAUGACUCUUCCAGACCCAGACACUUUUACAUUUGAUAACCUUCCUGCUUCCGCGCCUUUUUCCAAGGAAAGACUGGAGUUUCUCCUCAACCACAUGAAGAAGCGGUGGCCCGUCGAGGGCUACACGGUGCAGCAAUUGGAAUUGGAGCUGGUACCCGAAAAGAUCCCCACGGUCAACGAUGUGCGCAACAUGCUGGAGUUCCUGGUGGACUGUGACCGGUCACUGCAGUACGUGAAAAACAUGAUUCCGGGCUGCACGAAGAUCACCGACCAGGUGCGGAGAUACACCAAGUACGCCGGACCUAUCGCGCAGUUGUUGAGUGAGCAGAUUAAACUGCGGACGGAGCACAAUACCACUCUCACUUCUUCGGAGCGGUUUACCAAGAUGCGCGAAGUGGGCCAAAAGAUCACGGAACGGAGCGCGGAAAUGCGGCAAACGAAAGAAACGGUGCUGUUCUACAGGCUCACCGACCAGCGAAUCCACGAGUCCUUGCCCCUCGUGUGGAGCGACGCGGGCUUCCAGCGGAAAGAGGCGCACGAGCGGAACCUGGGCGUGUUUAAGCAGCGGUGGGACGGGAGAAAGAAACUGAAGAAAGACAACCCCUGGCAGUACCGCCUCCGCGUGUUGCGCCUCCGGCCGGACAACAGCGCGGCGACGGACUUGACCGAGGGUUUUCGAUUGAUUCUCGUGCAAGACCGGAAGGAUGUGGAGGACGCGAUUUCUGUUUUUGAAGAAGGGGCUACGAACAAUCCGGGAGGUGGAACAACGAAACUGAUCAGCGGUUCCAAGAAGAACUUCAGCAACUCCAAAAGCAACUUCAAUAACGCCGGAGUUCUUCUUGCAACAAACAAGCAGCCUCCUGAAAUCCACGUGAAGCUGGACCGCGAGCCGGACAACCGUCCGGUAAAACAGAUCGUCGUGAAGUUCACCGGCGUGGCGGCCCAAAACUGCGCGCAAAUCCUCCAGGAGGACUGGAAGUAUUGGGACCUGGUGUACCUCAACCACACCUGCGUCACGGACUUCGUCACCGCGGACGACUUUGAACAGACCGGGCAGCACCACUUCGUCGCCAGCGAAAAUUUCUUGGAGCACGUAAACCACUUUUCCCUCCGCGAGAAGGAGUCCCUGCAGGCCCUGGGGUGCGACCAGUACAAGAUUCGGGUGGAGCGGCGGUGGUCCGAAACCACCAAUCCCAUCGACAUCGCCAAGCCCCUGCUGUGGCGUAGCUACCUGGAGAAAACGGCCCAGGCCCAGAACCUGAAGGGCAUGGCGGACGUCGCGCAAAGCACGUGGGAAGACCUGCUCAGGAAUCAGGCACAGCUGCUGCUCCCCUGGAGAAUCUCUACGGUGCAGGAAGCAGAGAAGAAGUUUGUGCUUAGCACGAAGAUUCCCGAGAAGCGAAAACUGCUCGAGCAGCAGCUUGCCAACCAGCUGUCCCGGCGGAACGAGGUACUGGAGAUGAGGAAAGCCGGGGUCGUAAACGACCGGAACAUCAUCACGAAGAAUCCCUUCGACAACCUGGAUCUCCGGACCCCGGACCAGCCGCUCGGUGGUGCUUUCCUCGCGUUCGUGGCCAGCGUGCGGAGUCGUGUCUACGAGCAGGGGAACCUGAAGUAUCAAGAGUUGGUGUUGCGCCACACGGAGAAACAGGUCACCCUACGGCUGUACGGACGAAAGCUGAUCGAGAAAAUCCCGACGGAAAAUAAGCAGAAGGUUCAGAACACCAUGGUGCGCAUCCAGGGGGCGAAGGUGCGACUCGAAACCAUUCCGCAGACCGGGACCGUGCGGCGCGAAUUGAAGUUGCUCCAAGCCGAUGGCGUCAUUGAGUUCAUCACACCAGACAGAUUGAGGCACAGCAACGCCGUGGCGGGCGGCAAGAUGAACACAGCGGCGGGGGAGUUUCUUUCGGCAGGAGCAGCUACGGGAGCGGAAGUAGAUCAAAACGGCAGCCUCGCUAACGCAGCCGCUGCCGCAUCGUCCUCUUCGAAUAAACUCCAGAAGCUGCGCGCCCAGAACACGGUCUCUUCCUUCGCGGGGGCGAGUUCGGUCUACAAUCGGUCCGUCUACGGCACCACCGCCGGCGCACUGUCCGUCGCAGCGCCGACGGUGGUCCAGGGGCACCACUAUGCGUCCAUUGCCGACUGGCUGGACGCGCUUGAAGAACUUGGGUACUGUGUGCCGAAUCCCCAAACCUCGCAGAUCUGCACCACACUCUACACAAAGCACACCAUGCUGGACCACAAGCUGGCGCCGGAAGCAGACUCCAAGCUGUUCGCGAAAAACAAGUUCAUUGACGCCAACGACCUGCGCACCUACAACGACACCCUGCUUGGCGACGCACAGGACCAGAAGCGGCGGAAUCUGCAAAAUCCGAACUUCACGGAGGACAAUUUGAAGCAGCUGGUCUUCUCCGAAGACCAACAGCGGGAGUUUGCGAACGUCGAGCGGCUACGAAGCAGCAUGCGCCAGGUCGGUGCGCCGCUCGUGCGGGAUGAAGGUAAAGUUGCGGAGGUCACGGAUGCGCACCGGGAGUUCUGGGCGGAAACUGGACUGGUGCCGAACGAUUUUGGGGUCGUGGCGCCGGCGGGGGGAGUGGGUCCUCGUGAUGGGAAAACUUUUCUCUCUACUUCGGAUGGAGGAGACUCCUGCUCCGCAGCAGGGGGCUCGCGUUCGUCCAGGGAGCAGCUUGACAAGCAAGCCAGCUACGUGACUCUUCGCGGAUAUCGGAAGUUGAACCUCCAAAAGCAAACGACCCAAACAGAAAACAAAUGCCACUCUUUCAUAUGCAGAAAGCGUUCUUUGCAUUUGCUGUUCACAACAGAUGAAAACGAGUGCUUGGCUUUUCUAUUUCGACAUAGAAGCCUUUGCCGACGGCAUGACCGAGUUCAUCAGAAAAAGACUACACACAAAACGAAGACUAGAGGUCUUGUUUUCCGACUUGAUGUGGUGUCGCUGCGCUGCUUACUUUUGCAUCCGGGGCAGAACCUCCACAGAGCGCAAGGGCAGAAGGAAUUUGGCUUCGACAGUAUGGCGUGCUGCUGGGGUUCUGCGAUUUCACCUGUUGUAUAAUGCGAAUGACAGGAGCUCGAGGGCCUUGUCUUGCAUCAACAGUAAGAGCAAGCUGCGUGCCAGUGUUUUGAUAAAAGAAAGAGCGCUCCUACAGACCGUGGUUAACAACAUUGCAAAUUCUCCAAUUGUGUACUAUUCAUAGAAUCAAUGCGGUCAACGAAACAGAUGAGGUGACAGAAGUGCCUGAGCAGCCCAUAAGAAUUCUUUUUGAAAAGCGGAAACAAGAGCGCGAGAUGGGCUUGCAGAAAUACGAGAAAAAACUGGAAGAGGCCUUACGGCAGGCGCACUUUCAAGAUCUAGCCGCACAUCGGGCGGAGGGUGCCUCUAAAAAUCAAGCCAUGAGUCAGCCGGUCACUGCCACCCGACCUGCGGCAGGGCUCCUGAUGGGUGAAGGACAGAUGUUGAAACUACAGCAGGGGAAAAUAAACGGCAAGACCUGUCAGCGUGAUAACAACCAGCUUCCACAAGUGCGCACUUCUGAAAACAACACGAAUGCCAACCAUGCAGCCCCGACGACAAGAAAAGCGAAUGCUGUGACAAACAACAACGCGAGCGGUGGCGGAACGGGGACUGCGAUGGGCGCUGCUACAUCUACUCUUUGGAAAACGAAACUGCCUGUCUCGGCCCCUUCGCAAAUGAUGCGCGUGAAUCAGGCGGCAAAUAGCCAGAAUUUUGUCGGUAUUGAUGCCUUGCAGGCCUCGAAUUUGAAGCUGGUGACUGCGCCAACCCCGGUCGAUAGCUCUCCUCAACUGCAGGAUGAGAAGGACACCGGACAAGAAGGCGCAGAUGAACUGCAUCGCGAGGUGAUCGAUUUGGUCUCGGAAUCUAGUGCCGGCGGCAAUUCACAGGUGGAAGAAAAUCCGUAAGCGAAUCAGUAGGUGGAGAUCAAAUUUUUACCCUUGACGCCGAGAAUUGCAGAUGCAUGGUGAAAAAAAGAUAGAGAUUUUUGCAGCAAGUGCUUUCUAGUAUCCCGUCCGUGGUGGACCCGUACUGCAUGUACUUACGUACUACCUUCCCCAAAAAAUGAAUGAAAAAUCGGUUCUAUUAUUCUGCUGACCGUGAUAAGGAUUAGAAUUAGUAUACUGGUAGUUUAUGAAAAACAAAAUGGUUCGUUCUUCUUCUUAUGCUUUUAUAUCUGAGUCUGUGCGUCGUUCUGCGACGCGUGAAGUACUUAUUCAAAUUUUCUUGGAGUAGAGACUGUUGUAUUGCGCGCCUCAGGUAUUUCCACCAAGCGCCUGGCGCGUGAGCUCUUCUGCAGAAGCAGAAGUUCGAGUUUGGCUUUGAAGAU